UCUAUGCAAGUAGAUAAAUUUUUAUCAAAAUUAAAAAAAUUACUUGCAAAAUGUAUUUUAAAUACCACCAUUUUUGUAGUUUAUGUAUGUGCUUUAAUGUAAUAGUUAUUUUUCAAUUAUUAGUCGUUUCUUUUGAUGCUUAUCCCGGUAUUGAAGAGCCCAAUUAUCAAACUACGUUUAACGAGGAAUUCUUGGAAGCUCUGACUAUAAUAAAUGAUGACAUGUCAAAGUGGGCAUUUCAAGAAAAUGAAGACGAAAUUUUUGUUUCUUCAUUUGAUGAGAUUGAUAUUUACUUACUGACUCAACCGUAUAAAAAGAAUUGGUAUUUCUUAAAAAAAAAAGUUGCAAGCUUAGAGAAACUUGAGGAAAUUUUAGAUUCGGUAGAAUGUUAUCACACUUUACUUUGCUUAUAUAUUUUAAAAAAUAUUAAAAACGAUAUCAAAAUUAAAAUUUCAAAUCCCAAACACGAGUUUAAUAUAAGAUUUGAAACUUUUAGGAAAUAUCUCUCUCUUAUGAUUUCUUUAUUUGUUCGGGGUCGAUUUUUUCUUAACCCUUGGCAAUUAAAAUUGUUAAAAAAAAUUAAAAAAAUGGCAAUAAUUGAACAGCUAAAUAAAGACAUGAUAACCGAAGAAAAUAUAACUUACUUCUAUGAUACUGAACUAUUUACUUCUAUAUAUAAAUUUACCGAACAGUGUCAAUUUAAACAGUAUUUACCGGAAUCUUUAACUUUAUCAGAUAUUGAACAAAGCCAACCUAACUUACAAAGUACUUCUCAUAAUGAAGAUAAAUUAAGCAAAUACGUAAUGAAACUGUUAAAUAUAUUGAAUGUCCAUUGCAUACAAAUUAUGGAAUCAUACGCCGAAGCGUUAUCGCUAGAUGUAUAUAAAAAUAUAGUUGAUGAUAAUAAAUCAAACAAUGUCUCGUUAACACGUGAAGAAUUUGAAGAAAAAAAACGAAUCAUUUUUAAUUUAAUUAAAGUUAACAAAUCAGAAAUUGAAGCCUUACAAAAAGAUUCAUACACUUAUUAUAAAAAUGACUUAUGGAAUAAAAAUCGUGGUUUAAGAUUGAAUACCAAAAAAUUUGGAAAAAUAUGUAAAAUGAAAUAUACAGCGUCAAUAAAAAAUGCAUUGAAACAAGUUUUUUAUCAUUUAAAAAUUAAUAAUGAUGAUUUAAUGAAAACAAGAAAAGAAAUAGAAUCAAAUAUUGGUAAACAGUAUGGUAUAAAAAAUGAAAUCGUAGCAAAAGAAGAUUUUAAAAAAAUUACUGGGAAAACGAUAAAACCCUGUGGAGUAUUUAUCGAUGAAAAAUUUAAUUUUUUGAUCGCCCGUCCAGAUGGUUUAGUUGGUGAUGAUGCGAUCAUUGAAAUUAAGUGUCCUUAUAAGAUUCGUAAUUGCUCACCUGAAGAAGCUGCUAUUAGUUCUAAAUUAAGAUAUUUAAUAUAUAUGAAUUCAAAGAUAACAUUAAAUAAGAGUUGUGAUGAGUAUUAUCAAGUACAAGGUCAACUACACAUAACAAAAAGAAAAUUGUGUUAUUUUGUGGUUUGGACAAAUAAAGGACUAUCUGUUGCAAAAGUUUUAAGAGACGAUACAUUUUGGAAAGAAAAAAUGGAAAAAAAAUUGAUUGAUUUUUAUAUGGAUCACAUGAUUCCAAAAAUAAUACAAUUGGAUUUAAUUUAAUUAUUUUAAAUCUAAAAAAUAUAUAUAUUUAAAAUCUUUGAAUUGUGGGAUUUUUUUUUUUGAUUUGUUAAAAUCUGUGUAACCUUACUGUGAUAUAGUGGUCUAGUAUAGGUUACUUUGAUUGAAAAAAAAAGAGACGUUAGGUGACUUCUAUAAGUAAUCUAAGUAGUCUUCUAUAAGAAAUCGUUUCUGAAGUCAAAAAUCGUGUAGUUUAGGGUAAAGAUGGUAGAUUUUUUUUUAUUUGUUUUAAACACACUACGAAGCGUUUUACGACAGUGGUUUAAAUCACUGUUACAUAUUAAUUAAUACUAAUCUAAAAAAAAUGCCUCAAUUUCACUAUGUUGCAUCCUUUUUCUGAAAUUUUUUUUCAGAAUAAUACCUUUUCAUUACUACACUUUAAUUACUAAAAUUAUGAUAUUAAAAUAUCUAGUUUUAGUAUAAAAACUUACAUCUAAAAAGCUUAAAAAUGUUGAAGGUUUUAUUAGAUUACACUUCUAGAGUGAGCCACCUAUAAUCAAAAUUGUAGAAGUUAGCCAGAUAGUUAUCACUGUGCAUUUCACAAAUAUUUAAAAACACACAUAAGUGUUUGACGUGUUACGAUGAAAAAAAUCCAUAUAAUUUUUAUAACCUAAAAUAAUAAUUAUCUUUGUAAGAAUUUUAAAGAAACAAAUAUUAUUUUGAAUUACGUAUUAAGAGAAUCCAUUUUAAAAGAAUU